AUGUCAUCUGCCGUCUGGGAGAUUGGCUCCCAGGCAAUUUGUAAGGUCAAAACUUGGUCGGAGGGUAUGGAAAGUGAAAGCGACACUCUUGCUUUUGUCGCAUCCAGGUUUCCACACAUCCCACUUCCCGAGGUCAUUUACUCGUGGGUCGACAAGCAGCUGGACCGUACCUUCCUUAUCUUAAGGCGGGUUCAAGGGCAAACUCUUGCGAAGGUCUGGCCAUCACUGACUUCCGAGCAAAAAGUACAAACCGCUACUACUGUCGCACAAUAUUGCCACGACCUUGCUGAAGAGACUGCAGAGAAUUUGCAGUCCGCAACAGGCUGUGGAGUCCUUGAACCCUUUUUAACGGUGGAUGCCAAAGAAUCACACCCAUCCUGGAAGCCUCGACCAUUAGGACCACUUUCUCGCACUGUUGCUGAGAGAUAUUUCCAGAAAAUGUCAACUCAGCCUCCUCCCCCUGUUGGAGAUAGAUUUCAAUUCUAUCAUGCCGACCUUAGCCCGACAAAUAUUCUUAUCUCAGACGACUGUAGCAUCGAAGCAAUCUUGGAUUGGGAAUCAGCUGGGUUUUACCCCAAGUUUUGGAUUCCUCUGAAGCCGUAUCGGAGUGGAGGAUUCAACCUUGACUCUCCAAAUGAUUCCCGCUACGAUUGGACGGACCUUUUUGGAUCAAAACUUUCUGACGUGGGGUUUAAACUUGAUCAUAACCAUGUUGAAUGGCAGAAGUCUUUAGUUCUUACUUUCUUCGAUGUCAAUGAGCUUCGUGGUGCUACUCCGUGA